AUGGCUGGGGACAAUUAUGAACACCAAAUCAAUGAAUCAACACCUUUAGUUGGAACAAGUAGGCCGCGCGAAAACUCCGUGGCUUCCAUGCUGGCCCGUGGCAGGAGCAACACAAUAAAUGGACUCAAAACAGGGUACGACACUGUGAAACGACAUAAAGUGCAGUUUAUGUACGCAUUAAUGGGAUCCAUAGUUCUGUAUUUGGGCUUUACACUCGCUUUUCUGCCAAGAACUUCGCUAUCGCGAGAUUUCCGUCGUUUGCACUUCAGCAAGUUCACUCGUGCAGAAACGUACCGCGUAUAUCUGGAAAGCUUGCAACGUGAAAACCACGCUAAGGAACAUUUGAGAGCUUAUACGUCGCACAGACACCUCACUGGUGAUGAUUCUGCGCUGCAUUACACCGUGGAAAACCUUAAGGCACUGGGUUUCUCGCCUAAACUUGAAAAAUACUACCCGUGGCUAAACUACCCCGUUGAAACUGGCAUGUCUCUGUGGAUUGAUGAGGAGAAAGUGUUUGAAUCCAGUAUGAUGGAAGACUUCUUGGACGAGGACCCGUCGAGCUCAGGCCCAGACCCUGUGCCUGCUUUCCACGGCUAUUCCGCGAACGGUGAGGUCACUGCGAGGUUCGUGUAUUGCAACUACGGAAAAUUAGAAGACUAUGAAUACCUGCACAGCCAGGGGGUAGAUUUGGACGGCAAGAUUCACAUUAUACGCUACGACACCAUGUUUCGCGGGCUCAAAGUCAAAAAUGCCGAGGCUAACGGUGCCUCUGCAGUAAUAUUGUACACCGACACGUUUGACGACGGGAACGUGACAGAGGCCAACGGUUACAAAGCAUAUCCAUUCGGGCCCGCCCGUAACCCGAGCGGUUUCCAACGAGGCUCAGUGGAAUAUUUCACCGAGUCUCCAGGAGAUCCAACCACCCCUGGAUAUGCAUCGAAAUCACCUAAUACUAAGAGAAUAUCACCCCUGGGCAGGCUUCCAGCGAUUCCGUCCAUACCCAUGAGUCAGAGGGAUAUUGGCCAGAUUCUUCCACAUUUGAAUCAUCGCGGUUGCGCGUUUAACGUGCAAGGUAACGUUGACGGAUUCAAAUACUAUAGCGGCCCCUCUGACGAGAACGUUAAAGUGACCGUUCUCAACAACCAAGAUUAUCAGAUCAAAGAAAUAACUGACGUGCUGGUCGAGAUUCCCGGUAUCCUGGGCGGGAGCAGUAUUGUCAUUGGAAAUCACAGAGAUUCCUGGACUGUUGGCGGUGCUGGAGACCCCAACAGUGGUAGUAGUAUAAUGUUAGAGAUCGCAAGAGGCUUGAGUGAACUACUGGAAAAAGGUUGGAAACCGUUGCGGACCAUUCAACUUGCAAGUUGGGACGGAGAAGAGCCAGCAAUGUUGGGAUCCACUGAAUACGGAGAAAACCACGCUUCCAGGCUCCAGAAGCAAGUCUUGGCAUACUUCAAUCUUGAUACCGCCAUUUCGGGCUCCAAGUUUCAGUGCGAGGCAAACCCGCUGCUCUCGGAGCUUUUGCUCAAAUCCGCAGCCUUGACGCGAUUUGCAGGCGGGCCUGGCAAAUCGCUUCUGGACGUUUGGCAAGCACAAUCAAAUGGCCAUAUUGGCAUCUUGGGGUCUGGCACAGACUUUGCUGUCUUUCAAAACCAUCUUGGCAUUGCCUCCGCAAACUUCAAGUUCACUGGCAACGGAGAAGACGAUGCCGUCUACCAAUAUCAUACGAAUUACGACUCCUAUACGUGGAUGGAAAGAUUCGUUGAUCCUGAGUAUCAUUUGCACAACACAAUGGCCAUCUUCACGGGAAUGUCGGCAUUAAUGCUGAGCGAGAGCGAGGUGGUUCAUUUCAAGUCUCAGGACUACGCCCACGAGAUACAGUAUCACUUCAAUAAGUGGCACGCAAUGCUCAACCACACAUUCAAGGGAAACGAGUACGUGCGUGAAAAAGCAAACAGUCUGUCACGGCUGAUAGCGCAUAUUGAAGACGACGUGAGCCCCAGAUUUGACCACGCAACCGCUAUUCUUCGCAAAUUGGUGGUCAGAGACUAUCCAUGGUACCAGAUCUACAAAAAAAUCGGAAUUUACGCGAAGCUCAUCGCUACAAAUUCCAAGUUGAAAAAACUCGAUCGCUUGUUCCUCACCGACACAGGUCUAAAAGACAGGCCUUGGAUGAAGCACUCCAUUUUCGGACCCGACAAACAUUUGGGUUAUAUUGGUGAUGUUUUGCCAGGCCUACACGAAGCGAUUUUGGCGAAAAACGUUCAGGAAACCUUGGAGUGGCUUCAUGUCCUAAACAAGCAACUCACCUUGGUACAAGAGCUUCUCAAGACCUGA